GAAUUAUCAAUAGUACAGAGGGUACAAUUAAAUAUUAUCUAAUACUGUUUAAACCUUACUCUGAAAAUAAUGAUUUAUCGUGAUUAUAAAUAGCUGUGAAUUGUUAAGAUUAUUAAUUUAGUAUAUCAGUUGUUACUUUUAAUUCCCGCCUACGCAUUCCGUCGAAAGUGGCGCCAUAGUGGCAUUCAUCGGCCGCCAUUUUGGUCCGGCGGGGUUCUCAUGACAUUACGACGGCAUGCGUAGACGAUGACAGAUGUCAACGAGUUUUGUAACGGUGUCCGUGUGAACAUUAUUUGAAUAAUUAUAAUAAAAGAAGUGUUCAGCGCCUAAGUGUUUUUCUGAAGCCAGCCAUCCCCACAAUUCAGAGCGUGGGAUAAAAAGGAGUGUUCAGUAUUACCUCCUUGAGUCGAACCUGUGUUGUGAAUAUCUAAUUAAAACGAAAAUGGAAAACCAACAGAGAAGGUCGCGUGUGUUGUCGACGCCACUCCGAGGUCCGCGCCGGUCACGUAGCAGGACCAGGCAUGCAGACAACAGAGCAGCGCGCCGCUCGCGCAGCCAGAGUCAUCGUCGGGGAUCCGGCCGGGCGAGCGACGGCCGAUCGCGUAGUCGACGGGACAGCAGGCACCGGCCGCGCAGCCGGAGCAGUCAGCGGGCACGGGAGCGGGCCAGCAGACGCCGUUCUCGCGAGGAUGACUGCGACAGGCGCCGGACGCGCAGCCGGAGCAGCCAUCGUGGCCGUGGUCGUCCAAGCAGAUCUCGCUCGCGCGGUCAACGGCAGCGUCGCGAAGGAUGGCGGCCACGCAACAGAGCUACGGCCACGCCAACCCCACCGAAAGGAGAACGAGGUGGAACCGGAUCAGCACGUGAGUUGUCAAGUGCUCAAUCCAAUGUAUGUAAUAAUUUCACUAUUUCACAACUAGUAGAAGCUUUGCGUACCAUUGGCGAUAAAGGCACUAAUGAGAAGUUGUCAAAUCAAAAUACAGUACCAGAGUUUGAUCCUGCCUGCAGAGAACAAACGAUCGCGAUGUGGAUACACAAAGUGAACGAAUGCGCGGUUAUAUAUAACUGGAAUGAUCGCCAAACCGUUCACUUUGCGUUACCAAAACUUAAAGGCCUGGCUCAAAAAUGGUACGCUGGGCUAUCAACUGUCAUGUUUUCCUGGCAAGAGUGGCAGGAAAAAUUAAAACUAGCUUUUCCUAGCGAUGAUAAUUACGGACAAUUAUUGACGACAAUGUUAGCUAAACGUGCUAGGUUUAACGAUUCG